AUGGAUUACAAGCGUGUGGCUAAGCAGUGGUGGGCCGAAGCUGUAAAUACGGCAGUGUAUUUAAUCAACAGAACCACGAACAGCAAUCACGAGGCGGAGACUCCAUUUGAAUUGUAUUUUAAGACAAAGCCGCAUGUUUCUCACCUACGUGUAAUUAGUUCACUUGGUAACGCCCGUAUCGAUGAAUCAAAGCACACGAACUUCGACUCGAAAUGGUUCUGCUGCAGGCUGCUGGGAUAUGCAAGAAACACCAAGGGCAACAAGGUGCUUGAUUUUAUGACCGGUACGAUCAAGAACAGUCGUUCGAUCGCGUUUUAUGAACGUGAAGUCAGCAACAUUUACGAGGACGAUCCGGUUGAUUUACACCCGAGGACGAUAAUAAUACGACAAGAUGACGAUGGUGGAGAUCAACCAGUUAACUCGCAACAAGAUGGCGAUGAAGAUGUUGAAAUGGAAGAUCACGAAAUUGUCGAAGAUGUGGAGAUGGAGGUACCAAGUUUUGACAAUAGCAUCAGUGACACAUCUUCGAGUCAGACAAGCAAUCUUUAUAUUGCUGGAAGCAUGAACACCGAGCAACAUCAACACAACUCGCAGGUGUUCCAACAAGGAUCUCGUCACCAAGAACUCGAAUUGCACAAUUCGCACGACUCUGGUGCGAUGUUGUUCUGCUUACAACUUAAGCGUCGUUCCCUUCGCAAGCAUCAUAAUCGUGUUCUUACUGACGAUGCCAAUGGGAGAAGUGGAUCCGGACCACGAGAAGGUGUGGAUGAAGUGUUAUUAAUUGAGCAAUCUGUUCAACUCUUGCUGGAAGACAAAGACGCCGGUACAGAAAACAGCAUUGUGCCAUACAAUGAAAAUCAUGAAUCCGGUGGGAGUGACAAUGACGAACCUCCUUCCGAGCGAUAG